CACUCUCUCACUCUUUGAUUCCUCCAUCGACAAGUUUCCUAUGGCUGAAGAGUCCGCGCAGUCGCUCCUCUUGCCCUGUCUCUUCUGCCCGGCGCUGGACUUUUCCGUCCGCAGCGAGUUUCUCGCGCAUCUCCUCGAAGCGCACCAUUUCGUGAUUGCAGACGUCGAUCUCAUCGUGUCUCUGCCGCAAUACGUCGCAUAUUGGAAGGAGCGGCUGGCGCAGGGACCGCUGGAGUCGUUCGCGACCGUCAUCCACACGCGACCAAGCUCAGCAACCAGCUCGAGUGGCAGCUCCGGACCAGCCAUUCCGACGCAGGCUGUAGGAUCUGUGUCAAGUGCAUCCAUUCCUACAUCCGCCGUGUUUUACAUGCUGGGGGAUAACCUUGACGAAGACAAGGCCAUUCGCAAACAAUUGCAGGAUCGCCGUUUGGCCAGUGUCUUGGAGCAACAUUCCAAGGAACGCGAAGACACAUCGUUCAGUCAUCCUUGUCUGUUUUGCCGGUUUUGCGAAACGGGAAAUCGAUCCUUGCUUCUCGAUCACAUGCAUCAAAGCCACGGCUUUAGCAUCGGUCUCCCUGACAAUCUGGUCUUCAUCCGAGACUACCUAACUGUGCUUCAAAACAAGCUCGAUCGGUUGCAAUGUUUGUACUGCGAGAAAGUGUUCAAAUCGCGCGACGUAUUGAAAAGUCACAUGAGGAAAAAGAAACACAUCCGGGUCCAUCCGCAGAACAAGGAAUACGACCGUUUCUACAUGAUUAAUUAUCUCGAGCCAGGGAAAGGCUGGGAAGCAAUUUUGAACGAAGAUCGCCCUGUUCCUAUCAAACGACCGGCGCCACACCCGGCUCCUUUGGCUCAUGCAACCAGCGGCAAGCCUCGAAAGCACAGCGCCGCCAGACAAGCCGCUGAAGCAAACAAGAGGGCAGCAGCAUCGUCGACCUCAUCGUCCAACCCAUCCUCCCCCUCCGGAUCGUUUGGAGCCACGCCCGCAACUCAUCUCGAGCGGCCUCAUCGCAAGCCUGACGAAGACAACACUGGAAACAGCGACGACGACGACGACGACGACAACGACAACGACGACGAAGAUGGCAACGAUGACGAAUUCGCCCUUUCCAACCGGUUCAAUCAUGCAUCUCAUCAUGCUCCUCGCGAAAGCGAUUCUGACAAUGAUGCCGCCGAGGAUGACGACAAUGUCGAAUCGCAAUGGGAUGACUGGCAGGAAGACGCGGUCGAGCCUAUCAAGUGCCUGUUCUGCAGCACAAUGCACCUGGGCACGGAUGCAGUCACCGCGCACAUGAAAACCGAGCACGAUUUCGACUUUGACAGCAUCCGAGCGCUUUGGCACUUAAACUUUUAUCAAACUAUUAAGCUGGUCAACUAUAUUCGCCACAACGUGAUGCACAAGUGGUGUCCUCGCUGCGAAGAGCCAUUUCCAAGCGAGGAUGCCCUUCUUGCCCACAUGACCCAGCUCAAGCAUUCCAACGUCGAUCGGCAAUCGAGCUUUUGGAAUCAAGCUGAGUACUUUUUCCCCACCAUCGAGAAUGACCCUUUUCUCUACAGUUUCCAGGAGGACGAGGAGGCAGUAGAGUCAGCAAUGUCACCUGCCGAGCAAGAAGAGCGACUGGCACGGCAACUGGCAUCUGCAAGUGUGUCUGGCGACUCGACAAAGCCUGCGGAUGGCAACUGAGAUUGUGCAAUGUUGCAUUUUAUGAAUGGAUGCUCGACAGUUUUGUUGGUUGUGCGAGCCGAGAGCUCCAUCGUGUAUUCAACAAAUCGUUAAGGCUUCCACAAUUUCAAGGGACCUUGCUCACUGAA